AUGUCGGGAAAGGCUAACAAAGCUUUUACAAAGGAGGAAGAGUUGUUGCUACAGGAUUUUAGUAGAAAUGUAUCUACUAAAUCUUCUGCUUUAUUUUAUGGAAAUGCAUUCAUCGUUUCUGCUAUACCUAUAUGGCUGUUCUGGAGAGUUCACGCUUUAGAAGUAAGUUCAUCAUUGGCUUGGUUUGCCAUAGUUACCGUGGCUAGCACUUGGUUACUUGCGUUAGCUUACCGUAAUACCAAGUUCCAAUUGAAACACCGUGUCGCUGUACGUCGUGAAGACGCCGUCGCUCGUGAGAUGGCUAGAAAGUUGGCGGAUGAAAAGAAAAUGAGCAGGAAAGAGAAGGACGAAAGAAUUUUAUGGAAAAAGAACGAAGUUGCUGACUAUGAGGCAACAACCUUCUCCAUAUUUUACAACAAUGCUCUAUUCUUGACCAUUGUUAUCCUCAGCAGCUUCUAUCUCCUGCGUUCAUUCACACCUACUGUUAACUACAUUGUAUCCCUCACAGUUGCCUCGGGCCUCCUGGCUCUUCUGUCUACUGGCUCCAAGUGA